AUGCCAAGACCUGGCCCUGGCCCUAGACCUUACGAGUGUGUAAGAAGAGCUUGGCAUAGCGAAAGACACCAACCCAUGAGAGGUUCCAUCAUUCAGCAGAUUUUAAGGCUAGCUACCGAAACUCAUAGCACAGCUACUAAAAAGAACACGGAAUGGCAAGAUAAAAUACUUACUGUUAUCGUCCAAGCUGAGGAGAUUAUGUAUUCCAAAGCCAAUUCUGAGGCUGAAUAUAUGAACCUGGAAACCUUAUGGGACCGUGUUAAUGAUGCCAUCAACACGAUUAUUCGUAGGGAUGAGAGCACUGAAACAGGAAAGCUUUUGCCACCUUGUGUUGAAGCGGCCCUUAAUCUGGGUUGCCAUCCGGUGAGAACUUCAAGGAGCCAACGGCACUGUAAUCCUAGGACUUACCUUACGCCAAGAGCACCAGAGCCUCUUUCUGCAGCUCCUAGGAUUUUGGAUAAAGGUAGUGAAGAAAGGUGUCCCCAGUUAUUGCCAGUUCAGUCUGGCUGUCAAUUUGUAAGAACAGCCCCCAAUGUCAAUUCGAACAUUUUGGUUUCUCAAACUGACCGUCAUAGUUAUCCUUUUAUGUCUGAAAAUUGUCCAUCUGGCCAUGACCAAUUGAUGAGGAUGGAAACUAACACCCCACUAAACUCAGGUCAAGUAUGUUCCCUUUGUUAUGGAAUUCACUAUCAAAAUGCAGAGUCCAAGACAGGUUCUCCAGUUCAGGAAAAUAUAGCGUCUGAUAAAAUAAUUGUUGGGAGACCUGUUGAUACAUCGAUCACAGAGCCAGCUGAAAUGGGUUUCUUGCAGAAUCUCUUUUCCUUUUCUGAUGUUGAUGUUGGUGGUAAGAGAAUUGGACAGCAAGAUAUCAGGCACACCGAUAAGAGGUCAUUUGGGACGGAGUGUGAUUUGUCCUUGCGGUUGGGUCUAUUUUCUGACCCUUGUAAGCAAGUAGAUAUGAAUUCAAUUUGUGCAACUGAAGAAGUUGUUCCUAGGAGCUCCCAAGUUGGGAGCAAACUUAAUGAUGUUUUUCACAAAAAGAGUAAAGAGUUCCAUUUUUUUCCAGAGAGGACUGUUAAUGACCAUUUUAAAUCAUUUUCGAGAAAGUGGUUUAUAAAAAGUGGAGGUCACAAUUUGGGGGCAACAAUGAGAAAGCACGAGGCAACAUUUGGAGGCAAUUCGGAGGAUCAACAAUUUUGCUGGCAACCAGGGCCCUCAUCUAAUAAUUGAAGAAACGGGCCAGGUUUGUCGACAAUGGUUUUGUUGUAGUUUGUCCUUUAAAAUUAAUGAUCUCUUGAGCGAAUUAGUGAGCCCCUUUUGCAAUCUUUAUUUUCCAAGUAGAUCUGAUUGUAAAAUUUAAAUGCUGACCAUGAGUCGCAUUUUUGGGAUGCAGCGGAAAGUGAAUUGUAAAUAAAAUCUGAGCUUGAUUCAUUUCUAAUAGUUGGAUGAUUUAAUUCUUAUUACACAUACAAUUACUUAAAACCUUUUAAUAAAUAAAUUUUGAUCAGUUGAGGGCCAUAUAAGGAAUAUUUACCUUCUCACCAUCAUUCUGAGUGAUUUGUAGGUUUAUACUUGUACAAAGAUCUGGAGAAAAAUGAAGAGGAAAAAUUUUAUGUACUUCGGACAAAUUGAAACUAUGAAGUGAAGUAAAAUAUAGAACCUGAGCUAACAAAGAGUGAAGU